AUGUAUGUAACAGAGCCUAACCCGCGGUCCGAGCUCCGCACCCCUCCCAAUGAUAUAUUGAUAAUGGACAACAACCGACUUGAUCUUGCUUCCUCCAACCAUUCCACUCUUGCCGACUGGACCCCCUGUGCUGACAUGGACCCUGAGGGCAAGGAGAUCAAGCGCGUAAGACACCGUGUUCCUCGUGCCUGCGAUGGCUGUAAGAAGAUGAAGACAAAGUGUAUCGUGCUGCAUUCUAUCCCUUGCGAAACUUGCAGACAUGCAUCUCGUCCAUGCACCUUCGAAGCUAUUGGCGUUAAGCGCGAAAGACCUCCUACCAAGCGUGAGGUUUAUCGAAUGAAUACCAGAAUCCGUAGUCUUGAAAAAGUUCUCAAGGCUUUGGUACCGAACAUCGAUUUGAAUUCACUUACGCUUACGCAUGAACAUCUUCAGCCUACAUUGGACUCCUCAAAACUUGCAAGCUCUAGUCACGCCCCGGUGAAGAGGGUGCUAGACUCGACUACGCCUCAGACUGAAUCUAACGCACUCUGCGAUCUCGAUAAAGUCUUUCAAUCGAUUGCUCAAUUACGCAUCACGCCGACAGAUUACUUGGAAGAUUAUAAAUCUGGAGAUGUCCCUGUUCGUAGUGCGCCCGGUCGAUGGGAAAAACCUGAUGGCUCUGGCGAGCCAGAUCUGGCAUACUACAUGGCGAAUGGGAAUCGUUCAAUCGUUGAGCGUACCAUCGAACUUCACCAUUACCGCAGCGUACCAAACGAAUACUAUUAUCCUCCUCCCGACCUUGCCGAAUCACUUAUCGACCUUUACUUUGAAAAAGUUCAUCCAUAUGAAUACAUCCUUCACAAGGGAGAAUUCAUGCGCGUUUACAACACUGGUCUUGUUCAAACUGAUCACGCAUUCCGUGCGCUUUGUUAUGCGAUCUUCGCUGCGGCGUCUCGGUUUUCGUCCGACUUCCGUGUCGCCCCACCACUCGAUGACAUGAAAGUAGACAGGCAAGCCGCAGGGGCCGUCUAUGCCGCCGCCAGUAAUUCACUUCUCACACCUUACACCCUCCCAUCCACCCUGUUUGAUUUACAGGCGAUGGCUGUGCUAUCGUAUUUUUUGAUUGGCACGAGUAGCCCGAUGACGGCAUGGUUUUCGACCGGAGUUUUCUUGAGAAGAGCGCAAGAUGUGGGUGCCCACCUCGCUGGCACCCCGCGAUGGGAGACGUCGAUAAUGAAAGAUCAACUCAGAAAACGAGCUUUUUGGUUCCUCCAGUUUCGGGAAAUACAGCUUUCCACAUCGCUUGGUCGAGCCACCAUGAUGAACCAUUCACCAGUCACCGUCGCUAACCCCCUCAUAGUCGAUGAUGAGCGUUUGAGUCGGUUUUGUGAAGAAUAUGCUGGACAGGCACCGCAAUCAGUGCAAGAAAUUUCUCAGAACAAUCAAAUCCUCUACCUCACAACUCGCGCCAACAAGGCCAACCUGGCUUUUUAUCAUCUACAUUACCAAUUUUCUCGCUCGCUGCAUACACUCUUAGCACUCAAGAUUAUCCCGGGAAGCAAGGCGUGUGACUGGGACCGGUCUUUUGUGCAGGAGAUUGCUCAAUCUGUUGACAUGUAUGUCCAUCGCGAGAUACCUCAUGACGCUAAAUGGGACCCCGAAACAUCCGACGAGGUAGACUUGGUGACCACAUCCCGGUUUGAAUGUCUUCUUGCAUACUUGAAAAUUGUUGUUCAUCGACACUUGAUUGCUACUCAUCCUCAGCAAGAGCUCAAGGCAUGUCUGGUCGCAUCUAAGAUGAUGAUUAAUGUGAUCGACCACCUCAACAGCCGAGGCUUCCUCGAGCUCAGCGCUACCUGGACACCUUACGUGAUCACUCCGGCGGCCCUUACAUUCAUCUUUGCCGUUUCUACUCGACACGAGUUUAUGACAGCCUCUGAUCGAGUAGAAUCCUAUGCGGAUGCCUACCGAUGCGUGAAUAUCCUGGCCGCAUUGGCACCUACGACGUUCCAAGCUGAAAAAUUGCACGCCUCGUUGGAGCACUUGCUGAAGUGCUGUGAUGAAGAAACACUCAACCCGGGUUCGACUCUCUGGAGUUCAGCAAUUCAGCAAGCAGCGGGUGAAACUUCGUCGCUUUCACCUUGUUCUUCUUCAGGUACUGGAAUUGCACAAACAUCUUGCGCUAUGAAUGAACCCCCGCCAAUGAGUUCGACUGCACCCCCGCCGAUGAGUUCGACUGCACCCGAGCUCCCAUCACUUAGCGCUGAUGGAAGUGGUGCUGUCUACGUUCCUGAUACUUUACCGGUCACACUUGAGUUCUUGAAUUUCGCCGCGCCCCAGCUCGAUGCUUCCUUGUUUCAAUUCCCAGGAGCAGGAUUCAAUGUACCAGCACCGUGGGAAGCACCGCAAUGGACCCCCAGAUUCGGAUCCUCUCCAUCCCUGCCAACGCUCGGGUACAAUGACUUCGUUCCUCAAUCGUUCGUUGGUCCGAACUCGAUCGACGGAGAGCACAAAGCUUUGGAUACUUUACCUCUCCCUACUUGGGCUGGCGGAACAAUCUGA